CCGAUGAUGACAACAACGCAAACAGUACUCAACGAGGCGGAAAUUCAUAUACAGUAUGCCAUGGCACACAAACCAAUCAGGUUUUUAGACGUGGGGCAUUUUAUGGACAGGGUGAAGACGUGCCUUAUUGUGCAGGGUAGCGAGGGAAGUGGAAAAUCGGCGUUCAUUUGUGAGCUGACUCAACGAUUGCUGCAAUGGUUAAGUCCAAGGAGCCAUCUGAUCGUGCGAUUCGUUGGUCUCACGCCGCAGUCGACCCAACUACACGAGCUGUUCCGCAGCAUCUGUCUUGAGAUAUGUAUGAAAUUUAUUGUGUCUGAGAAAGUCAAGGAGCCCCUUCUGAUCCUGAUCGACGAUGUUCACAUGCUGAAAGAAGGUCUCAUGCUGAGCGAUGACCAGCAGCACUUAUGGCUGCCGCUUUUGUGUGACCCAGGUAUCAUCAUUAUCAUAACCACGGGCGAUACUCUGAAGCAGACCAUCAGUGCCAUAAUAGAAGAACGAAUGUGCGACGGAAGAACAGUGAUGACUUGGAGUCACGCUUUUAUUGGGGCAGUUGUUCGCCAUCGGUACUUGAUCUCUUCAGGAGAAUGCGACAUCGAAGAAAAAUCUCUCGACCGAUGCGUUCAAACCGUGCACGCCAGUUCCAAUAAGUACAACGCUUUCUACAUUAUCCCCCAGGUUCGUAAUUUAUGGUACCAUUUACUUCACACAGGGUCGAUCGACAACUUGGAGUCAGUUGGCUUUUGCAACUUCGAAUAUCUUUACAAAACGGUGCUCACAACCGGCAUAUUUCACAUGCGUACAACAAUUGAGGGAGCACUUCUGCAAGUGCUCAAUUAUAACCUUCAUGUUUUGUACACAAUGGUUUUACGUCCGUCUUUCAAGUUUCUAUAUCAGGAUCCAAAUCUGCUCGCUGGCGAAGUAAUUCUGCGACUAUCAUAUGACAGAAAAAGAAACACGGACGUGCUUAAUAGACUCCUUGACCAAGCAAUGCUCUGGGUGGAUACGUGCUGCUGCUUCCCGUUGAUCGUUCCUCUUACUUCUUGGAUCAGGCCCUGCGCAUGUCCGCUCGUCAGCAGAUUCAGACUAAAAGAAUGGUCGUUUCCAACCGUCAACUAUCAGCAUCUGUUGGUCGCUGGUGCAGUUGAAGGUGGUAAGAUCUGGAUGUAUCACAUCGCUUCUCACAGGCUCAUUCGGUCAUUUGCUGGGCAUAACGAGCAGGUGAUUUUUCUUAAAACCAGCACAAAUGGCCGGAACUUCGUUAGCGGCUCAUGCGAAGGAGUGGUGAAAGUGUGGGACGUGUAUCAGGACAACUGCGUUGUCACUUUUAAACCUCAUUCCGGUAAGAUGUGCAGCGCGCUGUUCUCUUUCAACGAUGAAGAUUUGUUCACCGGCUACUCUGACGGAGUCAUUUGCAUGACCACGGUGCAAAAUGGUAGUGAAAAAUGCGUUUUCCGGCAUCACAUGGGUCCCGUCACAGCCUUAUCCCUCACAUCAGAAAACGACUAUCUCGUCUCUGGUUCUGCCGAUUUCACAGUCGCCAUCUGCUACGUCGAAACCGGAGCGGUCAUUUCAAAGCUGCUCGGGUUGAUGGCUCCCGUGAAAAGCAUCGCUCUAACAUCGAACGACGUGUUCGCCCUGAUUUCGUGCGAAGACGAAAGUCUCAAAGUAUUUUCAAUAUGCACGAGUUCUCAUAUAAAGGAACUUCAAGGACACGGAGGAAAGAUCUGCUCCUUGGCUGUGGCUCACGAUGACUGUCAAGCGUUUGCUGGCAGCAGCGAUGGAAAAAUCUACUGCUACGACCUUCACAGUGGAACUCUCAUGGCAACGCAGUCGUGUGACACGUACCCGGUGACAAGCCUUAAAGUAAGACUUAAUGUUUCAAAAUUAUUUCUUAAAAUGGAAAAAGGUUUUCAAAUUUCACAAAUAUUACUGUUUUACUGCUUGAAUCAGUAG